AUGGCCGAAAGAGAAUCGCGCGAUGAAGAAAUAUGCUUGAGAGGGGCGACUCGGCUUGAUGGAACACCAAAGCAUGAUUCAUUUCUUAAUAAGGAUGGGUUGUUAUUACGCUCGUACGGAUGGUUAGUGAAAAACGCCAUAGGCAUUAUAAUUUUAAUUCAUGGAAUUAAAUGUCAUGCGAGGCUAAACUUUUUAAGACCCAAUGUAGAGGUAAUAAGCGAUGAUAACGUUAUAGUGAAGGAUGAAAAUAAUUACUACCUUUAUGAAGAUAGUUGGGUAGAACAAUUUAAUAAACAUGGAUAUUCCGUCUUUGGAUUAGAUUUACAAGGUCACGGUUUAUCAGAUGGAUAUGAGAAGCUCAGUUAUCAUGUGAAGGAGUUUGAUGAUUUCGCCUAUGAUGUAAUGCAGUAUAUUAGGAACAUUCAGGACAGCAUAAAUGGUUCAAAUGGUGGUGAUCCACGGAAGGGGGAGGAUGUUAGUUCACCAUUUCGAGAUGACAAGAUAUGUGAGAGGAAGGCUCUUCCCACUUACCUAGUAGGUAUAUCUAUGGGGGGAAGUAUCGCCUUGAGGAUGCUACAAAUAUUAGGGAAGUCACCAAAUAGGAGAAAAAGUGCAGGACUACACAUCAGUGGGUGCAUUUCCAUCUCCCCGAUGAUAACUGUUAAAAAGAUGCCAUCGAGAAAUUCGUUCCUAUUUCAGUACGUUUAUCUCCCAUUGUCCAAGUGCAUUGCUGAUUGGUUUCCAACGGUGAGACUUAUUAACAAGUAUCUAUAUAAGAAGUAUCCGUAUGUUAAAUAUUUUAUUGAGUAUGAUAAAAAUCGACCUAAAGGGGGAAUCACAUGCAGAUUUGGCUAUGAGCUUUUAAGAACAAUUGACAACUUAGACAAUGACAUAAAACACAUGCCUAAAGAUAUCCCUGUGUUGAUUAUUCAUUCUAAGGAGGACAUUUUGUGCUGCUAUGACGGAUCCCUAUCGUUCUACAACAGAAUCGAUGUAAACAAUAAAGAAAUGCACACACUGGAGGAUAUGGAGCAUACCAUCAUUUGGGAACCCGGGAAUGAGGAUGUUUCAAAAAAAAUCGUGGAUUGGAUGAGGGGUCUGCCGUCAUCAAAAGUGGGCAGCACGUCAAAGGGGGAAGAACGCGUCGAAGAGGAGCAAAGCGUUUGA